GGGCGCAGUUACAUCGUGUUCCUGUUUUAGCUAUCUGAUUUUACUCUUGUAUUAGAUUUUUUUGCUCCACGAUAUAGUUUCCUCAAUUAAGCAGCUUCUGCGGCAUGGGUUCAAGUAACUGCUAUGUGCGUGAGGUAUAUUCGUCACAUUUACAACAGAUUGAUCUGCCUUGUCUGCCCCCACAUGAGCUCACAAGUAUCUGCAUCACGGGGUUUGCACUCCCCAGACAAGCUUGGGACAUUUGAGUCCUCUCACCCAUGGCAACUGUCAGCUUCUACAGGCCAGGGUGAAGCUGGUAGCGGUGAUGACCAGGACAUCAGGCUGUUGUCUGUUUCUUGGAAUCAGGACUUCGGUUGUUUCGCUGCUGGAACUAGCAAUGGCUUCAGGAUCUUUAAUUGUGACCCUUUUAAAGAAACUUUCAGGAGGGAUCUGAAGAGUGGUGGGUUUGGGAUUGUUGAGAUGCUAUUCCGUUGCAACAUCCUUGCUCUUGUAGGUGGUGGCUCCAAUGCCCAUUAUCCACCAAACAAGGUAAUGAUCUGGGAUGACCACCGGAGCCAUUGUAUUGGAGAGUUUGCCUUCCGUUCUGAUGUCCGGGCUGUAAAAUUGGGGAAGGAUUAUAUUGUGAUUGUUCUUGAGCGCAAGAUAUACGUUUAUAACUUCACAGAUUUGAAGCUGCUCCAUCAGAUUGAGACCCAGUCCAAUCCAAAAGGAUUGUGCUGCCUCUCUCACCAUGCCAAUACUUCAGUGUUGGCCUGCCCUGGGGUGCAUCAAGGGCAUGUUCGGGUAGAGCAUUUUGGGUUGAAGGUUACAAGGCUGAUUUCAGCUCAUGAUUCUCACAUCUCUUGCAUGGCUUUGACAAUGGAUGGCAUCAUUCUGGCAACAGCAAGCAUGAAGGGUACUUUGAUAAGAAUAUUCAACACAAUGGAUGGCACUCGUCUGCAGGAGGUGCGCAGAGGACUUGAUAAAGCAGACAUAUACAGCAUUGCGCUAUCACCCAACGUGCAGUGGUUGGCAGUGUCCAGUGACAAAGGAACAGUUCAUAUUUUCAGUCUAAGAGUGAGAGUUGCUGGGGAAGAUGCAAGUAAUGAACAGCGUAGUCUUGAAGGCCCACGAAUGGAUCACCAGAACUCUUCUAGUUCCAUAGAUCCUCUUAUUCAAACAAAUACUGGAUCCAAUGCUAGCUCAUCGUUGUCAUUCAUGAAAGGGAUUCUGCCAAAGUAUUUCAGUUCAGAGUGGUCUUUUGCUCAGUUCCAUUUGCCAGAAGUCACACGCUACAUAGUAGCUUUUGGUGCUCAAAACACUGUAAUGAUGGUUGGUCUGGAUGGCAGCUUCUACAGGUGCAGCUUUGACCAGGUUGAUGGCGGGCAGAUGCUGCAGAAGGAAUAUUUCCGGUUUAUCAAGGCUGGCCUCACUCCCCUGAGGCCCUCUGUCGCCUGAAAACUUCAUGACGAAAUCACCUGAAUGACUUGUAUAUAUGAAGGUUGUGUUCAGUCCAUUGUAUAUAAAUGUCGUCCUCUCGCCGGCAAAGUUCUAGGUAGCCGGAAUAAGGAGAGCUGGGUGUUCGAUCGCAACCUAUUUUCACCCCCAUUCUGAAGCAUUUGUCCCCCCGUCGAAAUUGCAGCCUAGUUGAUUUUAGUUUUUCCUUUUGAUGAACAUGGAACUCCACUGAUAUGCUAUAUAAUAUGACAUAAAAGCUCAAGAUGGAAUACAAAACUGAGCUUAUAUUGUACAUAUGCAAGACUAGCAAUUACCAAACUCGCACGUUGUGGCAUUGCUGCUUCUCAAAAUUGUCAAUACAUGAUCGUAUCCAUGUAUCCAUAUGGUCUUUUGCUUGCUUGACUCUG